AUGGCUAAUGCGAAUCACUAUCAGGUCCUCGGUAUCGAUAUCCAGGCUAAUGACGCUGUGAUCAGAAAGGCAUAUAGGCGGGUUGCGCUCAAGAACCAUCCCGACAAGACCCUGCACUUGUCAACAGCAGAAAUUGAGCAGCGAACACAAAUUUUCAAGCUAGCGACGACUGCGCAGGAAGUACUGCUCGACCCGGCGAAGAGAAAGAGCUACAACAAGACACUAGCGCGGGCAGUGAGGCCAUCGAAUACACCAACUGCGCGACCUCCCCAAGCGAGACCUCCUCCAGCGCAACCUCCUCCAGCGCAACCUCCUCCAGCGCAACCUCCUCCAGCGCAACCUCCCCCAGCGCCUGCCCCCGAUGCACCAGGCUUCAAAAGGCCUCCGCCGCCCCGAACCACAUCGACGGGAACUGAUCCGUUUCGGCCUCCGAAGUUCCACUACUUCGGUGGCCCAAGAGAGCCGCCAUCAAGCAAAGCAACACAGACACCACCACCACCCCAAACUCCCCACCCCUUCACCGCCGGCAGCCCAGCCGCCUACCCUCCACCUACCCCCUACUUCUACGCCCCGGUAACAGGAUCAUCCCAACGCACAACCCUCACCUACUCCAACAAUGACAAAUGGUCCUUCAGCAUCGGCGUCUCAAAAAAGUACGAAUGGACCGUCCGCCCCACACUGCCUUUCCUGGGCGAAGAAACCAAAGACAUGAUUGCAGUGAAAUUCUGCCUGCGACAAACAGCCACCACCCCAGCCACCGUCUUCAUCAGAGACGUCGUGCUGACUGUCGAGUCCACGCCUGAUGACCGGAGUAUAGCAGUGAGUUCCAUCUUCGCCGAGAGGAAAGAUGGUAUAGACCUUUGGAUCACGCUUGCAGGCAUUGGACGUUGA